AUGGAUGAAAAUAAUGUUACUUUCUUAAACAAUCUUGAUUGGAGAUCCAAGUUGUUUACCAUCAAAAUCAAGGUGUUAAGACUUUGGAUUCGUGUGAAUCCAAAAAGAGAAGGAGAAAUCGUUGGUACUGAAAUGGUGGUCAUGGAUGAGCAGGGUACCAGGAUGCAGGCAACUGUUUGGAGCAAGUUCAUGAAAAAACAUAAAAUUUUGCUUAAUGAAAACGAGUCUUAUUACAUUUAUAAAUCUCAACUUUCUGUCAUUAAGUCAAAUUUCAAACACUUUGAUAAGGAACAUGCUAUUAGCUUAAACUUUGAUACAUCUGUUAAAAAGUGUGAGAACUUUGAUGGAAAUUUAUAUGGUAUUCGGUUAGCCUCUUUUGAGUCCAUUAAAGGCGGUGAAGUCGAUGUCAAGUAUCGAGUUGAUUUUAUUGGAUAUGUAGAUGAGUGGUCUGAACCAGAGAUGACCAAAACGAAGAUGGGAAAAGAUAGCAAAUACAUGAACUUGCAAUUGCUGGAUGAAGAGGGUAUCAAGUUAAACUGCACUUUAUGGGAUGAGUAUUGCGAUGAGAUGAUUGGUUAUAUUCAGAGUCAUAAAGAAGAAGUUCAUGUUGUUCUGCUUGUGCUGUUUGGGAAGACGACGCUAUCUAAUGCUUUCCAUAUAACAAGGCUGUUUAUCAAUGCUGACAUAGAGGAGAUUCGUUCAUUUAGAACAAAGUUUGUUGAGAAGAUAUGUAAAACAUCUUCUAAUGGUCAGAAAUCAAUUGGUUCAUCUGGAAGUAUAAGCGUUGCAGAUGACUUUUUAGUGAAGCAUCCGUUUUCCAAUUUUCGUGAUAUUACGCUCUUGGAUAAGCCUUGUGAGGUCAUAGUUCUUGGUACGAUCAUGGGUGUGGAUGAUAAAGAUGAUUGGUACUACCUUGGUUGUGAGGAGUGCACUCGGAAGGUUGAGACAACUAUGGUCAUUGAGGAUGCUGAAGACGGUGCUGAAGAACCGAAGUUUAAACAAGUUUUAGUUUGCUCAAAUCAAGAUUGUCCUAAGGAGGUUGUGGCUGCGACGCCGAUGAUUCCAAUAAGAGUACAAGAUUAUGCAGCUAUUGCCUCUUUGAUUUUGUUCGACCGUGAAGCUAGAAAAAUGUUGGGCAUCUUUGGAAGAGAAAACCAUUCCCUAUCAGUUUAA